UCCCAGACUGUUUUGGGUUAGAAGGAAGCUCGAGAGACAGGUGAGCGUCGCUCUGCGCCGCGCUGCUGCCCGCGGGUCCGCGGUGCUCCUGAGGCGCGAGCUCUGGGCUCCGGGUGCCCUCGGCGAGGAGCGGAGCUGGGGCUGCCGCACUCUGGCCCGCCGGGCCGUUCACCCAAGGUUUCUCUGGACACACUAUCCUGAAAAUUGUGCUUGAUUGGAUUUUCUGUUAGGGGGAUUUUGUUGCUACUGUCCUUAUCAAGAUGAUUACAACACCUUUAAAACAUCCAGGAAUUCAUUUGUCUUCAGAGACUUCUUCUCAAAAAAGAAAUAUGUCCAUGGAUGCAAUCUUUUUUGACAACAUUCCUUCAGGCACACUUACUCCUAUAAAAGAUUUGGUCAAAUAUCAGAAUUCCUCUUUAAAAUCUAAUGACCACAAAAAGAAUCAGUCUUUAGAAAUGACAACUCCUAAGAAUAAAAAUAUAUUUCAAUCUACCAUGCUAACAGAGGUUACUACAUCUAACAGUUGUCUUGAUAUCAGUGCUAUCAAGUCCAACAUGGAUGCAUUAAAAAGUAAAGCAAAUUAUGAAUCACCAGGAAAAAUAUUUCAAAGAAUGAAAGAAAAAGUACUGCGUGAUAAGCAAGAACAAGCAUCAAGAAACGAUAGUUUGUUGGAACCACCGAAAAGUGAAAAUCAUAAAAUCUUUACUCCUAAUAAAAAUGAAAAAAGACUAUUGCAGCAUACCUGCUUCUAUGAAGAAAAGGAAAAUAACUCGUUCUUAUCAGAUAACAAUUCACUAAGAGCCUCAGUUCAAGAAGUUCCUCUAGAAUCAUCAAAUAUUCUUCCCAUCAAACAAAAGAUUCAAGACCAGAAUGAAAAGAAAGCACAACUGCACAAUUUAACUUACGAACUUCCAAUUCUAAACCAAGAAAAUGUUUCAGUUGCAGAAGUAUCAAAUAAGGCAUUAAUUAGAGCUCAACUAACUAAACAAAUUCUGCACUCAAAAGAGAAUACAACUGGAACCACCAAUUCCAAAAAGGACACGUUUGUUUUAGAAGGCAAUGAUUCUGCUUAUGAAAAACUCCAAGAUACUAAUGCUGAGAUUCUUAAUACUAAUUGUGUUCCUAUUAAAAAUGGUAAUCAAUUAAUGGUUUCUGAUAGUGAAGUGAUAAAAGAUGGGACUUCACAAGAAGAAAUUAAGGAACAAAAUGAAAAGUCAGUGUCUAUAAUGACUAGCCUUCCAGGUUCCAUGAAUGAUACAUGUAAAAUUGUACUUGCAAGUCCAAGAUUACAUUUAACACUACCUCGGAAUUCAAAAAGAAAUAUUUCAAAGCUUUCUCCUCAAAGUGUAAUUCAAACUAUUAGAAAUGAAGUUAAAAAAAGUCAGGUAAUCCAGCUUCAAGAAUGGAUGAUUAAAGUCAUCAAUAAUAAUACUGCUAUAUGUGUAGAAGGAAAACUGAUAGACAUGACUAACAUAUAUUGGCACAGUAAUGUAAUUAUAGAUCGGAUUAAGCACAAUGAACUUAGGACUGUAUCAGGCAACAUUUAUAUAUUAAAAGGAUUGAUAGACAAGAUUUCCAUGAAAGAAGCAGGAUAUCCAUAUUAUCUCAUAAGGAAAUUUAUGUUUGGAUUUCCAGAAAAUUGGAAAGAAUACAUUGAUAAUUUUCUAGAGCAAUUAAGGGCUAAUGAAAAGAACAGGGAAGAGGCCAGAGAAGAACAGAAAACUGCAGGGUUUGACUCUGACAUACGAAAAUCAAGGAAAAAUGAUGCAGAAGAAAACCAAACAUAUGUCGUCCAAAAGGCCAGCACCACUUAUGACCUUGAUUGUGAUAAUUUGGAAAUGAAGAAUAUUAAGUGUAGUGGAUUGCCAGGACCUACAGAAAUAAACAAUGGCUAUAAUAAUUGUCAAAAUAAACCACCAAUUGACCAAGUAAAUAAUGCUAGUCAAAAUACAGGAGGAUCUUACUUUUCUAAGCAGGAAUUGAUUGGAAAUAAAGAAUAUAAAAAAUUGUCUUCAAAGAAACAUAAAAAUUGUGAAGAGAUAAAUAAAAGGAUAAUUAAAAAUCAGAAGCAAGAGAGAACUGAAGAAUCGGAUGUACCCAUUGAUAUUCUAACCUCAAGAGAACAGUUUUUCUUAGAUAAAGAAAGAAAAUCCAUGGCUGUCAAGCAGAAGGAAGCUUAUGUUUUAGUAACACCACUGAAAACUAAAACAUUGAUAGAGCAAAGAUGCAUGAAGUAUAAUCUGUCCUUUGAAACCAUUAAAGCAAUAACAAAUUCUGCAGUGCCAAAGCAUCAAGAAGAAACUUACAAGUCAGACUUAAACAAAACUGUAAGUCCCAUGAGUAUAUCCACUGAGAUUCUGGAAAAUACAUUUGAGUGUAGUGAGCAUCAUAAUAGUGAAAACAAGAAAAAUUGUGAUGAAUGUCAUUUACUCACUGUCAACCAGAAAAUAAAAACGCCUAGCCCUAAAAAUGAACAAAUGGUCACCUAUGACUUUAAGAAAAAUGCCGGGUCACUAUCAAAAUUGAAGAAAACUGAAAAUCAAGAAGCUAUGUGUUUUUACAAUCAUCAGUCAUCACUAAAUUUGUCAAGUGAAGAGAGUAAAAUUAAAAAGGAAAUUAGAAGGAAACCAGAAACAAGAAAUACCAAAGAAACAAUGGUUCAGCUGAGAAAAAGCACAAGAAAUUCCACAAGGACUAUCUCAGUGAUUUCAGAAUCUGAAACUGAGGAAGGUGAAAAUGAAUUUCAUAUUAAACAAAAGAAAGCUAGAUCUUCUGCUAAAGAAACUCUUCUGAAAUCUGGUGUUAGGAAUAAGCUUCCAAUUAUUGAGGGAAUGGGAUCCGAUGAAACUAACAGGCAUCCCUUAGAAUGUUUACCUUCAUUAAUUCAGGAUGACGAAUGGAAUGAAAAGGAAUCACAGAAACUUCAUUGUGCUUUUGCAUCUCUACCAAAGUACAAACCUGGUUUCUGGUCAGAUGUGGCUAAGGCAGUAGGUUCUCGAACUGCUAAGGAAUGCCAGAAGAAAUACCUGGAAGAUCCUCGAGGAAAAGGACACCAGAAACAUGUGAUUAAGAAAAAGCAAGCCAAUCCCAAAGGCCAAAAUGGUGAGAGAAAGAAUGAUAAAAAGCAGAAUAUUAAGAUAACUGCCAAAGUGGGAACUCUUAAAAGGAAACAACAAAUGAGGGAUUUUCUGGAACAGUUGCCAAAAGAUGACCAUGAUGAUUUUUUCAGUACAACACCUUUAAAAAAUCAAAAAAGAGUAUUGAGUCUUGCUAAGUUGCUGAGGCUGGCUUUGAACUUUGAUCCUCCUGCUUCUGCCCUCCAAAUCACUGGGAUUAGAAGUACUGUGGCACACACCUAUAAUCCCAGCAAACUCAGAAGGCUGAGGAAGGAAGAUCCCAAGUUUUGAGGCCAGCCUGGGAAACUUAAUGAGAUCUGGUCUCAAAUUUUUUAAAAAACAAGGGGCUAGGCUAAGUGGUAAAGCGCCACCUCCCCAUCCACCCCCUACCCCCGCCGCCCAGUUCAGUCCCCAGCAAUGCAGCAAUAAAUAAAUAAAUAAGCAAAUAAGUAAGUAAAUAAAUAAAUAUAAAAUAUGUAUAGGUAUAUAGAUGUGUAUAUCUACAUACCUUCUGUGUUAUAGACUUUUUAAAAAAAUUAGUUAAAAUGUUCACUGCUAACAAAAGGAAGUCUGAUAUUAAUAGUCAUAUAUCAGUAGAUACAUCAAUGGAUUCAUACCAUUCAGAAAGCAUAUUGUGGUAAUAUAUUACAAAAGCUAUAAAGGUAAAUUCUGUUCUUCAGAAUUCACCCUAAGAAAUUCAGAAGCUUAAAAUCUUUGCAAAUAAUCAUUCUGGGUUUAACUGUAUAGCAAAAACCUGGAAAUGAAUAUACAGUAAAUGUUUUUCAUAAGCAAUGAAAUACAGUGCAAAUAUGAAGUGCUAGUUUAAGAGUAUUUUAGAACCUAAAUGUUAAGUGUAUAUAGAUUAAUGUACAAAUACGUGGAUAUGGACAAUUGAAUUGAAUAAUGUAAUAACUGUAAUUUUUUCAGCUACCAGUUUCUUCAUAUUGUUUUCAAAUCAUCUUCUAAAAUUUAACAAGACUAGUACUCAGUGCUUUGCAGAAUCUAGUUACAACAUUAUUUCUGCCUCCUUUUUGCUUAUACAAAUUAUAGGAUACAUUUUAAGGGUGCCAUCUGAAGCCAUUACUGUGUUCCCUUCACAAUAUCAUGGUCCAAUAGAGGUUGUACCCUUUGUUAUCCCACCAUCGUUUCAUGCUCUGAAUACAUGUUUAGGACUAAAUACAAGAGUAACAACAUUAAAAAGAUAGAAAUGGAAAGUGAAUUAGCUCAUUUUCCAUGGCAUAGGUCUACUUUUUCUACAAUUUCAGUAUAAAGAUCUUUAACACUGCAUGAGUCCCUACUAAGAGCCAAGCACAGUUCAUUUUCAUUUUUAUUUUUAUUUUGUUUUUUCUACACCUAAAGUCAGCAAGCUGUGGGCCUUUUGGUCAAAUUCAGUUUAUCAUCUGUUUCACAGAGGUGCCGAUUUGUUUGCAUAUUAUAUGCAUCUGCUUUCAUAGUAGUGACACAUUUUAAGUAGGUGGGACAAAGCUGUGUAGGCCAUAAAUCCUAAAGUAUUUACCAUCUGACUGCAGAAAUCAUUUGCAUACUUCUAGUCAGCACAGCCUUUAGAAAUAGGUGUUACUGAAUCCAUUUUACAUGCAAACAAUUUCUUUUGUCUUUAGUGAUUCUGUCAUCAAUCUAGUACUCUUUUUAAUUAUCUAAUUUGGAAAAUUAUGAGGAGAAAAACACCAGUUCACUAAAAAUCAUCUUAUGAUAACGAAAAAAAUAUUUAUUUUUAUGUGUGCCUGCUGAAAAUAUUUGUU